AGAGAGGAAGCCACACUUUGUGCUGAACUGCACGAUUAACUGCACUGUCUGAGCUUCAGCUCGUGAGCGCAGACAAUAGGCGCAUUUCCCUGUUUGUGACCACAACAUGAAGCUGGUGAAGUAUGCUUUAAUCCUUCAGCUCAGCUGUCUUUGUCAAGCUUCUCAAAAUGCGUCCACUCCAGCAGCCGUACCCGAUGUCCACGCGAGCACACAAGGAAACAGCACGACACAAACCAUACAAGACUUCAACAGCGACCCUCUGGUUCACAAGCUCAGCGUCAAAUGCAACUGGACGCUCCGGAUGCCGGGAAACAGCAGCGCCGAGGCGGUUCUGCUCAGCGCUCGCUCUGCGCCGCCACUGAUUGCACAGAUCUGCCGGCAGCUCGAGUGCGGAGCCGUCUACGAAGUGAAUGAAACCAGCUCGCAGACCAACUCCAGCUGCUUUACCGGCUGCCAGUAUUCGAACGGCCGCUUGCAGAACUGUUCACGGAGCGAAGGAACGAAUAACUGCACCGUCAUCCAUAAAGUCACCUGUGGACACAGCGCGGUGCGGCUGGCGGGCCGGACGGACCGCUGCGAGGGCCGGGUGGAGCUGUGGAGGAGCGGCCGCUGGGGCACGGUGUGCGACGACCAGUGGGACCUGAGGGACGCUGACGUGGCGUGCGCCCAGCUGGGCUGCGGCUACGCCCUGGACGUGACGGGGCAGGGAGGCGCCGUUCCUGCGGGCAGCGGCCCCAUCCACCUGGACGAGGUCAACUGCACGGGCGAGGAGGAGAACCUGUGGGCCUGUCCGGCGGCGGGCGGCGAGUCUGACUGUGGGCACAAAGAGGACGCGGGCAUCGUGUGUUCAGAGAAGCGGGACGUGCGGCUGAGCGGAGGCCUGGACCGCUGCUCCGGCGUGGUGGAGGUCCACCGAAACGGCAGCUGGGGCACGGUGUGCGACAACUGCUGGAACGGACGCCUCGCCUCCAUCGUGUGCUCCAUGCUGGGCUGUGGCACCAGGCCACAGAAGGUCAGCCAGUUCUCCCCCCCCCUCAAACACAACAGCGGGGCGCUGUAUUUCUAUUUCUGCGAUGGGAAGAGUCAGAGUCAGAGCCUGUGGGACUGCAAGGAGUUUAUUAACAUGCAACACCUCUGCCACGGAUCCAAAGCAUCUGGUGUGAUCUGUGGGGGUUCCCUCGGGUUCCCAAAUAUCAGCACAGACAGUGUCGCAGAAAUGAGCAACUGGACGACGACCCCCGCUUUGACGGUCGUCAGCCCUGCGGAGCCCUUUUCACCGUCUCCAGAGCUUCUCAGCACCAUCGCGCUGGCCGUCCUGCUCUUCGUGUUCAUCAUCACAAACACGGUGCUCUGCUGCCUUUACAGGAGGCGACACGCGUUCCUGUUCCAGCAGAAGCUCUCCGGCCAGCGACAGCCUUCCUCCGACUGCCCCCAGAACAAGUACGAAGGCGCCGUGGACCUGGUGAAGGUCACGACCGGCCCCGUGCGCGACCUCGCAACUCCCUCCAGCUCCCACCCCCGGGGCCUGUGGAACCAGCUCAGCAGUGUCGACAGCACGUCGGUGGACACGGACUACGAGCAGUACGACCCGAGCGCCGACCCGUCGGCUCCGCUCACUACGUUUCGCAAUUCUCAGCGCUACAGAACAGACGUGAACCCUUUGAUGAAGCCUUCGGGUCUCGACAGCCUCUUUGAGGAAGGCCAUGAGUGCACCAAUGGAGCGAUGGGGGCCUUUUCCAGCUGCCCCGGGGACCCCAGCGACCCUCAGUACGCCCGAGUGUCCAAGAUCUCGGUGGACUCGUUUGACAGCUCCAGUACCUCGUCUGGAGAAGACUACGAAAACGUGACGCAUCUGAACAACGGCUACGUCCCGGUCGCUGCCGAUCCAGGACAGUCGGCUGUUGAAAACAACACGUUUGACCGUUCCACACUCGUUGGCGGCAACGAGCAUCAGUUUUUCGCCGGACACACGACGAACCUGGAGAUGUCGAGUGACGAUGACGAUGGACACAUCUACUCCCCAGUGAGCCCCGACUGAGACCCCGCGGACGCUGCGACUCCUCCUGUUCGCUGAGACGCUACACAGCAAAAAGCACAAACACCAGACCUUUAAACACGGGCUGACGCGGGUUUCUAUGGGAUGUUCAGACGUCUGAUACCCACUUGAUUUGUCCCUCUAUUGUUUCAAAUAUUAAUUUUAAAUUAAUUUGAAACUCUUUAGGUUUCUUUGAAUGUAGUGUGAGCUGUAAAUAUGGAGGUUUCUUUUAUAUUGAACUAGUGUUUGCUGAGCGUUUAAAUGUGCUGCUGCUGCUGCUCACCCUGUUUAAGAUCAAACUAUUGAGUCCCAGUGUGAUGUAGAGAAUGCUGACGUGCACUACACGGCCGAGAGCAUGUGAACAGACUAAAUGAGCAUGAGGAAACUGGUCACCUUGAAACUGGAACAGAACAGGUGCCACAGAGUUGGAGGCAGCUACUCUCAAAAGCUUCCAGGAUUAAAAAAACUAAAGCAACCUUUUAACAGCAAUAUCACCCUGUAACAUACAGUCCAGUCUGUAAGGAUUAAGCUAGCUCAUGUUAUUUGCUUUGUUCUAUCACCUUCAGUCAGAAAUUAAAUAAUAAAGUGCUGCUUCUUGCUUUAA